AGGGUUGAAGUUGUGAAGGCAGGCUUUGAUAAAAACAGAUUUAUUAACUAUUUUCAGGAACCAUUAUGAAUGAGACUGGAUCUGACAACGAUGAGGCGAUACCAGAGCGCUACCUACAAUGUCGUCUGUGUCAAAAGCAGUACAGCCAAGGUAACAGGUGCCCCCGAAUCUUGCCCUGCUUGCACUCCUACUGUCUGGGGUGCCUGGAACUCGGAUGGGACUGGGCAUCCACCGGAAUCACGUGUCAACUCUGCAAUGCAACCUGGGAGGUACACGACAGCGUCGAGGCAACGUUCCCAGUUAACUACGUAGCCAUGAAGCUCCUUACUCUGGCGAAGGUUGAGAACUCCCGAACGGUGCACUGCACUGACUGUGCUGAAAGCAAACGGGCGACACAUCGAUGUGUGGAGUGUCAUCACUUCAUUUGUAACGAGGGUUACCAAGCUCACAGACAGUUCGUGCAACUACAGACACACAGACUUCUCACUAUUGGCGAGUUCCUGAAAUCGCCAUCGGAGAUGUUUACGAAGGAAGACAUGUGUGACGUCCAUGUUGGUCAGCCUCUGGACCUCUUCUGUCUCAGUGACACGUGCAGAUGUGCUAUUUGUGCAUCAUGUGCCCUCGUCUCUCACACGGAGAGAGACGGCCAUCGUAUAGGUAAGGUGCAGGAGGUGUACACUGACCAGGCAGGGCAAACCCGGGCCCUGAUCGAGCAAAUAUGUUUGAAGCUGGAGAACGCCAAAGAAGGGCUCAACGUGUCUGAACGUCAACUGAAGCAACUGGAGGGUCGCGAAGCCGACAUUAAGUCGGACAUCAGAGAGGUAUUUGAAAGUUUGAUGGAGACUCUGAAAUCGAGACGGGACGCCAUGAUCAAAACUGUUGAUGACAUCCUAGAAAGAGAACGUGCUGAUUUCGAGGGCGCCAAAUCAGAGACGAUGUCGUCUGAGAAGCGAAUGCUGGAAGCUGUUGAGUUCGCCAAUCAGGCUCUCUCCGUGUGUAGUUAUGCAGAGUUCAUGGAACUGAGCUCUGUGCUGGAGGACACGAUGACGAAUCUGCAAGGAGACACUGUUGAACUGCGCUGUGUGGAGAAGGACUUCCAGAUGGAUUCCACCCGUUUGGACAGCCUCAAAACGAGUAUUAUCAAAUUUGGGGACAUUAUUGAAACUUGCGCCAACCCACACACAUGGCAUCCAGUCAUCGAGGUAGUGGAUGCACAUCCGGGUCACGAGGCUAACAUCAUGGAGGUCAAGUUCAUUAAUGAAAUAAACAAAAUGGCGGCAGCGGAAAUACCCAAGAUCGGGGUGAAGAUCGAACGAUGUGAUCCACAAAACGGUGCUCGCAUCAUGUGUCUUCGAUCGCACGGUGAAAGUCGAAAAGUAGGGUACCAGGUGAAGUUUACACCGCCCCGUGACGUCAUGUACAGAGCCAAGCUGAAAAUUUCCCAUAUGAAGCUAGCCCAGGACGUGUUCGGUUUUCGAUGUAGGGAUGAAAGAGGUGAAGGCAGGGACAGAACUAUAUACAUCGCACAGCGGCAGUUGGGAGACGCAGAUAUGUGGGGUUUCCUUGUCAUCAAGUGUCCAUACAUCCGUCUAUCUGAGGACACACUCAACAUGGACUGGUGCCGCCUAAGAGACCGGACUCUGCUGGUCAACAAGCCACCCCACAAGCAGCUGUCGGACAACACCCUGAGACUACGCUCCUACCCCGGUGUUGUGGCGGCGGUGUCCCUGAGGGAAGAGGGGAAGUGUUAUUGGGAGGUCACCUGCAGGAGUCAGGUCAAACAGAGAUGGUGGGGGUCAAUAUUUGAGACAGGGAUAGCACGGAGAGUGGCAUUGGACACACCCUACAUCGUGGGCUACAGCCACCACGGCUGGACUCUCCAGAUAGUGUACUGCACGGUCCAUAAGAACGUAUGUGCGCAGACCAGGAAUAACCGGCAGACACUGUACCAUCUGCCUCUGGUUGCGGAGGAGCUGACGUCUGUCCUCGACGUCCACGUUGGGUUCCUCAUGGACUUUGACACCAACCAGUUGCACGUCAUAGACGCCAAGCAGUCACUGUUGCUGUACACGUUCAGGGACGUGGACGUCAGCAAGCAGCUGUGGCCGUUCUGCGGCAUCUUCAACAACAACUGGUACAGCACGGAGCUGAAGAUGAUGACAGGGGCGGAGAUAGUGCUGAAACAGUGCCACCUGAAGCUUCUGCAGGAUCUGUGUGAGACGUUCUAAUGGUCUGGAUUCGAAGAACGUUACUGACUACAGAAUUAGGACUUCUGACGUUGAUGUAAUGAAGACAAAACAGACAAAAGAUGGAAUGUUCUCAACAUCUGCUACUGAAUACAAAGGUUAAGAUGGGCUUUAAGAACAAUCUGAGAGAGGGUGAUUCAGUUUUACGUCGCCUUUAGCAAUAUUCCAGCAAUAUCACGGCAGGGGACACCAGAAAUGGGCUUCAGACAUUGUACCCAAGUGGGGAAUCGAAGUCGGGUCUUCAGCGUGACGGGCGAACGCUUUAACCACUGGGCUACCCCCACCGCCCAACUGAUAGUGAAGACAAAUGUUGGAAUGACCUGACAAUAUGUCAUUGAGGACAAGGUUAACAUGUUAUGUAACGAUAAAUCAUUCAACACAAAGACUGGGACGAAUAUAGCUAUCUCUCAUUGAAGACAUAGGUUGGCAUGACCUGCCACUUGGGACAAGGCUGAGAUGGUCUAACGAUCUGUUCCCCAAGACACGGUUCAAAUUGUCUGCAAUAAUUUCUUUGAAGACAAAUGUAUAUAUAGGUCUGCAACUUAAGAUACGGUUCAUGCAGUAGACGCUUGUUAUACGUAACAAAGUUUAAAAAACGCAGCUUAUGUCAUAAAUCAAUCAGAUAAGUCUCGAGUACAAGUAGGCCAAGAAUAUAGAGCCACGGGCUUCAGAAGAAUAACAAUGUUCAUUUGACAAUGAGGCCACAUUAAGAUAUGCACGAAACUGUAUAGGCUGAAGAAGCGAAGGGGUACCCUCGCAUCGCGUAGUGAUUUGCCAUGAAAGAUAUAGAACUAUACUGUGUACGGUAUGACACAUGAGGUGGUCCUCGAUAAACAUUCUGAUAAUAAAGUCUCAACCCAAAUCAAAGUGUAGUUUCAUCAGUAUAUCAGUUAUAUAUCACAGUGCAGUCAUCAGUAUAUCAGUUAUAUAUCAAA